GCUAUCCCCGUAUACCUUUAUCCCACAAAAGAAUUGAAAACCACAGGCACUUCUUGGAAGAUAUCAAGUAAUACUGCCCGUUAAACUUAAGUUCAGUCUCAAUCGAGGUGACGAAAGUGGCAACGACUUCUAUUAGGCGCUAGGUAUUGUAUGGUUUCUAGACUCGAUGGGCGGAUGAUGAUCUUCCAGCUCUUUGGAAUUGCCGAACCAACCCCACACAAAAUUCAUAUGGCUAUUCUCUUCGAGUACGACAGUAUCAUCUUCUUUGCCGGUUUGGACAUCAUGUAAUAAUUCAUAUUUAGGAGGAGCUACCCCGACUCACCCCAAAUGUAGGAAAGGCAGUCAUCGCAAGUUUUCACUUCGUUUCUAUUCGGCACCAGUUCCCUUAGGCAAGAUUGAAGAUGUUGAGACUCACCCUCGCCGCUCUAGGGCUCCUUGCAGCUCAGACCGUAGCACAAUGCACCCGCGAAGACCUCAUUGCUGCUACUGACAGUCUCCUGGCAGCACAGACUGCGGGAACUCCCGACACAGUAGCUCCUCUGGCCGACACCGUGGUCUACUUGGAAGCAUUCAAGACGGCUGACAUCAAGACUGGAAUACUAUCUCACCCGCUCAAUAUUGACUUCAAUCGCAGUCUCCACGACACCACUCAAUGCGCAACAUACACCGAAAUCGUCGUCACAGACAAGGCGCACCCGUACGUCAUAGGCACGCAACUGCGCUUCGCCGACGGAAAGAUAGCCAAUAUCAGCUCUCUCGUUACUGAUCAGGGUGACUGGCUAUUCAACGCCACCGGUACCCUCUACUGGGCAUCUCAGGAGAAGUGGGACCCAAUCCCGGAGGAAGAGCGCGACAGCCGCGAGGUGAUCCAGGCCGCAGCCGACGCCUACGCCGAUCUCUUCAACGACAAGUCCGUACAAGUCCCUUGGGGACACCCUUGCGCACGUCUUGAGGGUGGCGCGUACACUGGUUCGGGAUCAGCCGACGACAGGUGCGAUGUCGGUGUUCCCAGUGGUAAGUCAUAUCUAUUUAGAAUAACGAUGAGAUUUGAUAGAUUACUAACGCUCGAGUUAUAGGAGUCAGCCUGAGCAACCGUCGUUAUGUCAUUGACGAGACUCUCGGUGCUGUUGACGUCUUCAUCGACUUUGCGACCGUCCCGGACAGCCACGAGUUCCGAGUUGAGAAAGGCAAGCUUCGCUACGUCCAUACUAUAAUUAUUAUGACGGGUAGAUACCUGAGUAAUAAUCCUUUUUUUAAUAUAUACCUCUUAAGAUAUCACAGCGAAUAUGCUGGGAUGCAGCCAUCGUGGAGACCGAUAAUGUGCUUAGAACAAACCAUUCAGAAAUGUACAAUGUACAAUACCGAUUUGAAUGUACCUUAUGUUUACGAAGAUGUUGUGAAUUUAGUAUAUAAAAGGUGUUAUUAAAAAUUAAAAUAUCGGUGAUAUAGAUCUGACUACGAGAUCUAACUCUAUCCAAGUAGAGACAGUCGUAGCCAACGGAAGAAGCACAUGGAAAACGGCGAGUCAGGGUUUCGUUGUAUCCACCGCUAUCGCCGAGCCUUUUCACGAUAGUAACAAAAAAUUGGGUGGCAAGUGGGUCUUAUUUGAGAUCCACUCC